CACUGGUAUCAUGGGGCAAAAGGUUACUUCUGGUUGGUUGCCUUCCAGAUGCUUGAACAGCAGCUUGAUUUGAAGCCACCGCAGUUCCAAGAACUUUAAAUGAGACACUGCAUGCACCCCCAGUGGCAGUCCAUAGCAGGCCCUACCCAGCCAUGCCCACCGUGGAUGAUGUCCUGGAGCAAGUUGGAGAGUUUGGCUGGUUCCAGAAGCAAGCCUUCCUGUUGCUAUGCCUUAUCUCAGCUUCUUUAGCCCCCAUCUAUGUGGGCAUCGUUUUCCUGGGAUUUACCCCUGACCACCACUGCUGGAGUCCUGGAGUGACCGAGCUGAGCCAGCGGUGUGGCUGGAGCCCAGCAGAGGAGCUGAACUACACUGUGCCGGGCCUGGGGUCUGUGGGUGAGGCCUCCUUCCUCAGCCAGUGCAUGAGGUACGAGGUGGACUGGAACCAGAGCACCCUUGGCUGUGUGGACCCACUGUCCAGCCUGGCUGCCAACAGGAGCCAGUUGCCCCUGAGCCCCUGCGAGCAUGGCUGGGUGUACGACACUCCCGGCUCCUCCAUCGUCACUGAGUUUAACCUGGUGUGUGGAGACGCCUGGAAAGUGGACCUUUUUCAGUCCUGUGUGAACUUGGGCUUCUUCCUGGGCUCCCUGGUUGUGGGUUACAUUGCAGACAGGUUUGGCCGUAAGCUCUGCCUCCUGGCAACCACUCUGGUCACCUCCCUAUCCGGCGUGUUAACAGCGGUGGCCCCAGACUAUACAUCCAUGCUGCUCUUCCGGCUGCUGCAGGGCAUGGUCAGCAAGGGCAGCUGGGUGUCCGGCUACACCUUGAUCACAGAGUUUGUUGGCUCCAGCUACAGGAGAACGACAGCCAUCUUGUACCAGAUGGCCUUCACAGUGGGGCUAGUGGUGCUUGCCGGGGUGGCCUACGCCAUUCCAAACUGGCGCUGGCUCCAGCUGGCGGUGUCCCUGCCUACCUUCUUCUUCCUGCUGUAUUACUGGUUUGUCCCAGAAUCCCCCCGGUGGUUGUUGUCCCAGAAGAGAACCACUCAAGCAAUAAGGAUAAUGGAACAGAUUGCACAGAAGAACGGGAAGGUGCCCCCUGCUGACCUGAAGAUGCUCUGCCUUGAGGAGGAUGCCUCAGAAAAACUGAGUCCUUCGUUUUUCGACCUGUUCCGCACUCCCAACCUGAGGAAGCACACCUUCAUCCUGAUGUAUCUAUGGUUCUCUUGUGCCGUGCUGUACCAGGGCCUCAUCAUGCACGUGGGGGCCACAGCGGCCAACAUCUACCUGGACUUCUUUUAUUCUUCUCUGGUGGAAUUCCCUGCGGCCGUCAUCAUUCUUGUCACCAUUGACCGAAUUGGCCGCAUCUACCCAAUAGCGGUAUCAAAUCUGGUGACGGGGGCAGCCUGCCUCCUCAUGAUCUUUAUCCCACAUGAGCUGCAUUGGUUGAAUGUUACCCUUGCUUGUCUUGGCCGUAUGGGAGCUACCAUCGUGCUUCAGAUGGUCUGCCUGGUGAAUGCUGAGCUGUACCCUACCUUCAUCAGGAAUCUCGGGAUGAUGGUGUGCUCUGCCCUGUGUGACCUGGGUGGGAUCUUCACUCCCUUCAUGGUGUUCAGGCUGAUGGAAGUUUGGCAAGCCCUGCCCCUCAUUUUGUUUGGGGUUUUGGGCCUGACUGCUGGGGCCAUGACUCUUCUUCUUCCAGAGACCAAGGGCGUGUCUUUGCCUGAGACUGUUGAAGAAGCAGAGAAUCUGGGGAAGAGGAAAUCAAAGGCCAAAGAAAACACGAUUUACCUUCAGGUCCAAACAGGCAAAUCCCCAGGUACCUGACAAGGAUGCUGUGCCAGGGGCUGAGUGGCAGAGACGAAGGAGGACUUGGAGAAUUCCCAGAAGCCUUUGCCUUCCCAGACUCUUCUAUAUAUUCACCAUGUUCCAAAUGAAUUACCAACCUUAAAGACUUUUCUGAAAGUC